AUGCAGUUCUGCGGUUUCGGAGUGUCAGUUGCUCACCAAUACUACCAUGCGAAGAAGAGGUCCGAUGAGUCACCAUUAGACUACCUGUACCGACUCUAUGUGAUUGGACUCGGGGCGAAAAUCAAGAUCAAGGACGGACCGCCCAAGGUACACAAGGAACACGUCGAGCACUACAUCGAAACUUUAGACGACCUGGAACUGGCGGACCAGCUCACGAUAUUUCGUCGAGUGGAUGUGAAUAAAUUGGAAGACGUGCUGAGAUUCAGGCAGAGGACGAAAGCGUGGCGAGGCAAGUUACUCUUUAGAUCAAUCAAGUUGAGCCAAGAGGCACCCGUCCCCCCCGACCGACCGAGAGAAGUAAACCGCCGGUCGGCAUAUGCGGUUCGGACGACCUUGGAAGAGCCGAGUUCUGAAGAUUUGAGCUCGGACGACUCAGGUGGUCAAAGUGACUUGAGACAAAUUUACUUUAUAGGGAUGGAAGGGCAGAGAGAAUCAGGUGCAAAGACCCGAAGAGUCAGGCCUACCCGAGAGGACGAGUACCACCGUUACCAGGAAGGUGACCAGAGAGCUCUCCCGUCACCGGCCGCUCAAUACCAGAAGUGCGCUCAUUGUAGAUCUCGAAAACAUGACAUGAAAUUUGGGCUGCUGGAAACGACUCAAGUGUGA